AUGGAUACAGAAAGUCAAGAAGAAUUUAAAACCCUCGAAGUUAGAACACUUUUCGGAGACAAGGUAAACAUUUCAUGUUCAUCACAAACAUCAUGGUCAGAUGUCAAAAAACAAGUAUUAAAAGAAUUAGAAUAUAGUGAACAUCCAUCUGAUCAAUUCGCAUCCAAUUAUUCCUUUUUAAAUGGAAUUGAUAAAUUACAUGAAGAUAAUUUGACUUGUUUUGAAUUUUUAGAAAAUUCCAAAACUUUAACAAUUAUUAACACUUUAUCAAUUUUUACAAAACCACAUAUUUGGAUUGGUUUACAAUGUUUGAGUAGUAUUACAUUAACACUUGUUAACAAACAUUUAUCAUCAUCUUUUGAUGCUCCAUUGAUGAUUAUUAUUAUCCAAACAAUUAUCGGAGUUUUGGCCUUUUUGAUUUGUAAACAAUUUAAUGUCUUGCCAUUCAAUUUUCCAACUUUGAGAGAGUUGACCUUUUUAUUACCAACUAGUUUAUUCUUUGUCUUGUUAACUUGGACUUCUUUUGAAGGAUUGAAAAUUGCAAGUGUUCCUUUGGUUACUGUUACUAGAAAUUUAGUGCCACUUUUAACUGCAAUUAUUGAUAGAGUUUUCUUUGAUUACAAGAUGAAUUUUACAAUUCAAUUGUCAUUGUUGGCUGUUUUUGUUGGAAGUAUUUUUUAUAGUUUCAGUGAUUAUACAUUAAGAUGGAAUGGUUAUCAUUGGGUUGUUUUGAAUACUUUAUGUACUGUUUUAAUUCCAUUAGUAGAAAAGAGAAUUUUAAAUAAUUGGAUGCCAAGUGUUUCUCCAAUUAGUAUGAAUUUUGCUAGAAAUUUACUUUCACUCCCAAUUUUCUACGUUAUUCUUGCUCUCUCUAGUGAUAGAGUUCAAGUUGGUGUUGCUUUGGCUUCAUUGAGUACAACUGAUUGGAUUUAUAUUGCAAUUACUUCAGUAUUUGGAUUCCUUAUUGGACUUUCAUACUUUUUCCUCCUCAAAUUAGUUACCAACACUUCCAUUUCAAUUGCAAACAGUUGUUACAAGUUGGUGACUUUAGUUUUAAGCUUUGCAUUCUUUGGUGUUACCUUUUCAUUGUUUGGAUGGUGUGGAAUCUUUUUGAGUUUUGUUGGUGUUUUCGUUUUUAGUUAUGAAUCUUCUAAGAAGAAAUAA